ACAACCACUUAUUUCUUCUAAUUAUACUAUUACCAUUACUCUUAAUUCUACUCUUUAAUGUCCUAUUUUCGAACAAUCAAAAUAAAACAAUGGCUGGCUAUUUUUUCUCUUUUUGUCAUUCUCGCUUUUGUUAUUUCCAACUAUGAUCAAGCCAAUCUACGAAAACGUAUACCCAAUUUGAUGACCAAUACUCAUGUCAAAUCACCCGUUACUACUCCAUCAUUGUCAACACUGACACCAAUCUUAGACACAUCAGCACAACAGCAACAACACUCAUCGUCUUCAUCGCCCCCAUUGCCCUACCUUGCUUACUCAAGCAUGCCUUUUAUGAAAUACAAUCGAUUAUCUAUACGGCACCAACAAAUACUAACAUCAGCGUUGGCUCAUAUUCGUCUAGGCUAUGUCGCUAAUAGAACACCUUAUUAUGAUACCCCACCUCUUUUACUUCUUUAUAGCUGUAAAGAUGACGAAAAUGACAAUGAACAUAUUGAUAAGCAGAAAAUGUCUGAUGCCAACCAUGAAAAGAAAAAUGACAACAGCAACCACUGUGGCACUUUAGAGCAACGCCUUAUAAGUAUUGCAAAUAGCUAUUACUUUUCUAUGCUUCAACAAGGUUCUGCCUUUGCAUUCGAUAUGACUUCACCUGUUCGACUUGAAUGGUUUUUUGAGUCUUCACCAAAUUAUAUGAGCAUGAAUGUAGAUCAAGCCAAACUUUAUCUAAGCAAAGUUAGUACCACUACUAAAGUUUUAGAAGAGGACAGCAGCAGCAAUAAUAACAACAGAAAAGUAAAGUCAGCCAUGGAAGACUAUUUAGAAGCAGUAAAUCAAGAACAAUUAGAACAACGCAACUUUUUGCAAGAAUAUACUGUAAAAGGUGUUACGAUUUUACAUACCAAUACUGAUACAUGGUCAUCGGUAUCUUCUCCUUCUUCUGUUGUACCGCAAUGGAUGUCUAUGACCCGCAACCCAUCAAUGAAAGCACUACGAGACAAAUAUCGCUUAAAUCACUUACCUCAGCCUCAAUCUGAUGCUUUUUGGAUUAUUAGCCGUUUAUUAUUCUCUAAGCCGACACCGGCUAUGCGUGAACUACUCACUCCUUAUUAUGAUUUAAUGGGGGGAAAAUUUGAAUUAUGGCAUGAUGGUACUGAUCUCUCUUUGACUGGAAACUCUGUUUUAUCGCCCUUAGAUCCACGUAAUACAAAAGUUAGUCAAUCAUUUAUCGAUACAAAAAAAGAUUGGUUCCGCGUGGGCUUAAGAGUAACAGCAGCGAAUCAAGUGAAAUGUGCUGUACAGCAUGCUGUACGCGUGUGUGAUAAAGAAGAAGGAACUUCUUGUCAUGUAUUUGUAUCUACAUCCACUGAAACGCUUUUACGGCAAGUUAAAUCUGAGUUUAACAAGAAGAACAGCAGUAUAUAUAUUCAUGCCGUUGAGGAAAAGCGCUAUCGAUUUAAUGAUUUGAAUCAUGAAAAACAGGACACUGUUUUAGGUGUUGAUCGUCAGUUUAAUUUGUUUGCGGAUUCUGAAGAAGAAAGAUAUCGUAAACUUUACGCGCGAGUCUUUAUGGAUUGGAUGAUUUUGGCAAGAAUGGAUUACUUAAUAGGUCCUUCUUCAUCCGACUUCAUAAAGACUGCAGCAUGGACAGCUCAAGUACAGACGGAUAUUAUUACUACUACCAGCGAUAUCGACUCUGCUCAUUGCCAAAUUAUACCCAUGUCUGAUUGGUAGUUAGUAGGCUUCUAUUUGAAAAAUAAAAAAAAUCAAAACUGUAU